CUCUAUUCUCUACUGAGUACUAGUACCGGUACCCCAAACCCGACACAAACACAAGUCACAACAGACAAUAGAAUGAAGUACAGUCGUACCACGUACUGAUAAAAGAUCUUGUUUCUGAAAUAGAAGUUUGUUGGAGCUCUAAUAGCAUACCGGUAUGGAAGAUGGACCGACUAUUGUUCCCUAUUGGAACUACAUGGAAGGCACGCCGAGAGUUGGAUGCACUCUUUUCCAAUGUGGAACGAAGCGCUGCCACAUCGCAACGCUGCCUUCAUCUUCUGCGAGAACAUCCAAGUUUGGCCAAGCAACGGCACCAGCACUGGCUCCACUGUCCUCUCUCGUUCCUGUUGGAAUCGGGUGCGGACCUUCCGUCCGUAAUGGAAGUCUAUGCCAUGUAUCCGCCGGCACUCUCACAACGAGUGACCCUGCGACAAAGCUGUACCAUCUUUCCUUUGCACGUGGCUUGUGAACAAGGCCGCGUGGCCCAAGACGUGAUACCCUUUUUGGUCCAACAGUGCCCUCGGGCAACGCGACAACGAAACUGGCAUAAGGAAUCACCUCUCCACUUGAUUCUUCGAAAUCCACAUCGCAGUGCUUCGGUUGCCGAAGUUCAAGCGUUGCUCGAUCAUAGUCAUGACGGAGCCAUUCAAGAAGAGACAAGCAUGCAUCGAGCAACUCCCUUGUCAAUAGCAUUCCAAAACGAGCAUACGAGUGAGGAGGUGAUGAAUGUCCUCAUUCAAAGAUUGCCGACGGACUUUACCAAACUCGAAUUGGGAGGAACGAGUACCAUUCGCAACAACGGAGUGAUUUCGUUGUCCCGACCAAGCCACCGACAUGCACGCAUGUCUCUGAAACGUGCCCACGCCUUGUGCAAGAUCCUGCCUCGACUCAAGGUGUUCCACUGCCUGGUUCCUGAUUGGGAUCCUGAUGCGUUUGACACGGUUCUGGAAAAUCUUCCUUCUCUUUUCCAGCUGGAGGAAUUGACCAUGACCAUGGUACAUCUGGAUGAUGAUGAGGAUGCUACUCCCCUCAUGACGGCGUUUCGAAGGCUGUUGGAACACACAAACAAUCUGCGAUUGCUUCUCCUCGAAUUUACAGUACCAUACCAAAAAGAGAAAUUCGAGCUCAAGAGCAGGGUUAUUAGGGCCUUCCUUGAACAACUCUUGGAUGGUUUGCGACAAAAUGAUUCACUUGUGGAACUGCAUCUUUACUAUGGCGGAGUGAAGAAGGCUAUGAAUGAAUUGUCCUACUUUACCAAGGAGUUUUGGCCUUCACUGUGCCGCCUUUUGGAAACAAAUACAACACUAAAACAAGCUACCGUCUCGUUAGGAAAACAGGGAGAUUCCAAAGGGAUCAUUGGGGCGGAGGAACAACGUGCUCGCUUCUUGAUGAACCUCAACCAAUAUGGAAGGUGCAGAUUCCGAAACGCAUCAUCAGUGACUGGCCGAGAGGUAGCUUCAAUGCUGGAUGCCGUUAACCAAUCCAGCGAUCUCAGCAUUGGAAAUGACAAGCUUGACGCAAUCUAUGGCCUUUUAUCACAGGCACCUGUCGUUUGGAGCUCCAUCGCACUGAGAUGAUGUGGCUGGCAUGUUGCUGCUUUAUGCCUUUCGGUGCCCGUCUCGGCUCAAGCAAUAUUUUGUGAAAUUGAUGGUUGGGAGAAGGUCCUUUAAUUUCCCCACCGCCACCAUAGCCAACUGCACAAGCAAGUGUGGUAAGCAAUCUCUGCCGGCACUCAUGGAAAACUUAAUCUUGUUUGUUCAGGCACUGAAGCUGGAAGGAAAUAUCAUUCUAGCUAGCUAGCCAGUGGGUAGAUAGAAGUUUGGGGAUACUCAGGGCGGCUUGAGAUGCAAGAAGAAUGCCGAUGGCAUCAAUGAUGCAAUUAAGGCAGCUUUGCUGAUGUUGGCUUGGUCUUGUGGGAGGAGCAUCUUCUGCCUCCCGGCUUCAGCACAAUACUUCCAGCUACAGUACAUACACCACGCACCUGAAUAGCCAAAGUCGCCGACAAUUAAUUUAGUUGUAUCGCCCACUUGUAUUGGAAUGGAACGACAGAAUUGAACCAGGUACCCUCCACCCAUAGAAAACAGUAAAGGAGAUUUCUUCCAGUACUGGUACUGGAGUUAGACUACCGGUAUUAGUUUAGCUUGGCUAUCGGAUGGAGUUGGCUACAGCAGGCUGUAAGCUAUCCGGUGCUAGAUGGUAAAACCCUUAAACCCAGAGAAAGAGACGCCAGCUCUACUACAUGUACCAUCCCCAUGUAUUCGAGUGCAGCAGCAAGCUUGCUACUCAGUGCAUGUAGCUAUUAAUAGUACCUGGUACCGUAUUGGAAAUUUUAAAUUGGAAGGCAUGCUCAUGUAAUACAACAGCAGAGCACUUUCCGUCUUCGUCUCUCCGUCUGGCUUCAUGAGACUUCAAGAGUGCUGCGGUAGAGUUACUGGUACAUACUUUUUCAAAUACGUACGUACCGUGCCCUGUACCAGCUGGUACGUGUACCAUGGUACAGUUGCACAAAAAGCUUUCCAAUAUUUCUUUUUGCAUUCAUUUCCUGGCCACGUUGAAGUGACCUGCCGUUGCUUCCGGCAUCCCGUUAUCCCGUUGCUCGGCACAGUACACCUUGCCUAGCUAGGGUAGCGUGAUUUGUCCCUCACAAAUUUUCACUUAGGCUAAGUGCUCGAAAAUCCACUUAGGCUAAGUAAAACACUUAGCCUAAGUGCAAUACACGGCUCUUAGCCUUAUUCGCGACUCGAUCCUAGAUAGGGUUUGAGUUCGACUCAUGACUGAGUCUCUCGUGAAUAGUUAUUGAGACAGGGUUCUCAAUGACCGCUCUAGUCAUACUAGGUUGAUGAUGAAACAUCGCUCUAGAUAUUUAGCCAGUGUGGAGUACUUCCACGCUACUAGAUUCAUGCUAGACGAAUCUUCCACGCGUUCCGUUUUAGGAUCGUGGAGAUACGUAUGAUUACUACCGCAACCUACUCUAUCACACUUUAUAGUCUCCCGCGGGAGACCAGAUCUACGAUCCUUUGAUAGUGAUCUCUCUCGUUGAUUAGUUUUCAUAGCUUUCUAAUCUCUCUCAUAACUUUCAUUCUCUCAA